UUACAGCACUAAAUGCAGUGGUUAUUCGAAGUGAAGCUUUGAAAGUGUUUGGAAUAAGAAAAAAAAAACGUUGCGAUGGCAACAAAAAUUAUUAUUUUGUUUGUACUAGGUGCAAUUUAUGCCGUGGCCUCUGCACCAACUCUAAUAAAUUAUGAAGAAAACAGCGUGAGAACAUCGGAUAUCGCUACCUUCCGUCUACCUAACAAUACACAACCAUUGUUCUACAAUCUAAGAAUAGACACGAACAUUCAUCGAGGAGACUUCAGUUUUACCGGGGAAGUUAAUAUCACAUUCAGUGCCCUGGAAACGACGAAUAAUAUCACAUUGCACGCGCGUCAAUUACUCAUAUUAGACGCCAGUAUACGAUACUCCGAUGGACGUUUGUACGAUACGGAUCUACGUUACACAUACGACAGUGCGACUGAAUUUCUCACUUUCAUGACAAACAUAGACAUGCUAGGGUCGGCAUUGCUGGUCAUUCAUGUUAAGUAUGCGGGUUUUUUGGGUGAUUUCAAUGACCGUGGAUUCUUCUACUCAUCUUACGUCGAUUCAACCACAAAUGAAACGUUCUGGCUCGCAUCAACUCAAUUUCAGCCAAUCAACGCAAGACAAGCAUUUCCGUGCUACGAUGAGAUACGAUUCCGUACACCAUACAACAUAGAGAUUUACCAUCACGAUAGCUACAAUGCGAUUUCAAACAUGGAUGUAGACAGAAUUAUUGACGAUGGCGAAUAUCAGUUAACAGUUUUCGAAACUUCACCGCCUAUGCCAUCGUUCCAGGUUUCGUUUACCAUUUCAAACUUUGAUUUUGUCAGCUACGACACCAGGCCAGUCAUGCGCGUCUAUGCUAGGCCUGAAGCGAUUGCAUUGGAUCAAGGUGACAAUGCACUAGCGCUCGGUUACGUUUUUCUGAACGCUAUGGUGGAUUACUUUGGCUUCCCCUACGUACUUUCGAAAAGCUACCAACUCGCUUUGCCUGAAUUUUCGAGCGAAGGCGCGAACAACUGGGGUCUCUUGACAUUCCAAGAGUCCAUUCUGUUGCAGACCAAUGAUGACCCGUCCGAUCAACACUUCAGAGAGAUACGAUCUGCCCACGAAUAUGCUCACAAUGUCUAUGCAAACUUAAUCUCACCAGCAUCAUGGUCUUAUCUCUGGCUCAAUGAGGGAUUCGCAACACUCUACGAAAAUGUUCUGAACGAUAUUGUGUUCCCUGAAAAGAGGCAAUGGGAGAGUUUCCUAAUCGAUUAUUUCGAUGUUGCUAUAGCUGUGGACGUGUAUGAUAUCUUACCACCACUAAAUUAUUACGUAGAAGCUCCUGAAGAUAUUCGGGGAAAAUUUGAUUUUAUAACUUACUUCAAAGGAGCAUUAGUGCUUCGAAUGUUCCACGAAGCGUUUGGUGAGCCAACUUGGCGUAGAGGUCUAUCUUUUUACGUCGGUAACAUGGCAUUUGAAUCGGCAACGCCUGAAGAUCUAUACGCUGCUAUGCAAAUUGCCUACAGCCAAGAUUAUCCGGAAAGUGACACCUCUGUGGAUGAUCUAAUGAGACCUUGGCUCGACUUCAAUGGUUAUCCGGUUGUUACGAUUAAUAGAACUGCGGAUGGGCUGAGAGUAUCGCAACAAGGUUUUCGAACAGGCCACAGCAAUCCGUUUAGUGUUCCAAUUAAUUAUGCGACAGCCAGCAAUCCUGAUUUUGAAAAUACCACCGCUCAAUUCUGGCUCAUGGAUGAAGAAUUGUUUAUACCUCGCGACACGGCUACCAAAUCAUGGACGGAUGAUGAUUGGAUUAUUUUCAAUCUACGGGAUACGUAUUACUACAUCACGAACUAUGAUGACAAUUUAUGGGACCUAAUAACGGAAGCAAUGAUGACUGAUCACGAAGCCAUUCAUUUCUUAAAUCGUGGCACAUUAUUCGCCGAUCUUGAACGCUUCCUGACAAACAAUUUCGAUAUUAGAGUCACAUUGUAUUUAGAGUUGAUUGAGUCGCUGCCGUUUGAGUUCCAUCCCCAUGUUUGGCUUCGCACGAAUGCCGGUUUACUGAAAGUGGAGCAACGGCUAAGAGGCUCUGAUCUUCAUUCGAUUUAUUUGGAUUUCUUGCGUGACGUUAUGAGCGAGAUAUAUGAGGAGUCGCGUUUAGAUGACUUGGCAGGUACCAAUGUGAUAAACCGCUGGAGUUGUUUGUCUGGGGACGAAAAUUGCCUAAGUGAUUCCUUUAACAUAUUGUUGGAGGUUAUGGAUACCGGGUCUACAUUGGAGGAAAUCGAUUUUCGUUGUAACGGAUUCAUGUCGGCUAACGAAACAGUUUGGAUGCAUUUCUUCAACGAAGCUAUUGGAAGUAAUCCAAGUAACAAUCGGUUGGACGAUUUAACAAGUCUUCUGUGUAGUCGUAUAGAAACCCGUCCAAGAGUUCUUCUGAAUGCCACAUUGAACUCAUCAAAUAAUUUGCUAGCUUCUGAAAGGAAUGCUGUCAUCUUGAGUGCGUGCACUCAAAGCGAAAUUUCGUAUGACGCUGUGAUUGAAUUUUUAGAGGACAACCAUGAAACAAUAAUUGAACUAUCGCUUGACCUUGUUGGUUUCAUUUCGGCAUUGUCAUCUGUUAGCAAUAAUGACUCUCAGGCCGAAAGAGUUUUAAACUUGCAUCGCCAUUUACCAACAGACUGGAACGUUGAUGUUGAGGACUUUGAGCGUAUGAUGGAACCGAAUAGACAAUUUUAUUUAAGAAAUUCUGAAAGUGUUCGUAACUGGCUGGGCAACAGGAACGCUUCGAAACUCCGUGCUUAGAUUUUUUAAAGAUUUU